AUGGCUCCUAACUCUUUGGAAGUUGGCAAAUCUGGGUCUCAGUACGAAUCCAAAGAAAUGAAAGAUGGCGGGACUACAGAAAUUAGAUCGUCAGAACAAGAUAACGAAGUCGAAUAUUUUGAAAUGGUUAACACAAAUCACAGCAAUGAACAAUUUCAAAAUAAACACUACGCUAAAUCCUAUCCAAGAACAAAAUUUAAAAAUUUCAUCGACUCCUUUCGUCGUGCGGAAGAACCUCAACUAGAACAGGAAUUGGAAGAUAUCGACGUCGCCGUAUCAAGAAACACCAUCACUAACUUGAAUAAAGAAUUAUCAAAUACAGAAGUCGGUAUCGAUGGCUUAGGACCAAAUGGUGAAGCUAAUGCCGGAUACAGUGACGAAGUCGACAACAAACUAAAGAAAACUAUUAAACCUCGUCAUGUCAUCAUGAUCUCCUUAGGGACAGGUAUCGGUACAGGUCUAUUGGUCGGUAAUGGUACAAGUUUGGCUAAUGGUGGUCCAGCUGCGCUGGUCAUCGGGUAUAUCAUCAUGGGUUCGUGUAUUUAUUGUAUCAUUCAAGCCGUCGGUGAAAUGGCCGUCGCGUAUCUAUCUUUGAUCGGUGGGUUCAAUGCUUACCCUUCAUUCCUUGUGGAUCCCGCGUUAGGGUUUUCGGUCGCUUGGGUUUAUUGUUUGCAAUGGUUAUGUGUUUGCCCCUUGGAAUUGGUCACUGCUUCAAUGACUAUCAAAUAUUGGACAACGAAAGUGGAUCCUGAUGUCUUUGUCAUAAUCUUUUACGUAUUAAUCGUUUGUAUUAAUGUCCUGGGUGGUGCUGCAGGUUAUGCAGAAGCAGAAUUCUUCUUCAACUCAUGCAAGAUUCUAAUGAUGACAGGGUUCUUCAUCCUAGGUAUUAUUAUCAUCUGUGGUGGUGCAGGUAGUGACGGUUACAUUGGUAGUAGAUACUGGCACAAUCCAGGUGCAUUCAGAGGUGAUAAACCAAUCGAUCAUUUCAAAGGUGUCGUGGGUACUUUGGUCACCGCGGCUUUCUCCUUUGGCCAAUCUGAAUUUAUUGCUAUCACUGCAUCUGAACAAUCCAAUCCAAGAAAAGCUAUCCCUUCUGCCGCCAAAAAAAUUAUCUAUAGAGCGUUAUGUGUCUAUUUGGCAUCCAUCAUCCUGAUCGGGUUCCUUGUCCCAUGGGAUUCCGACAAAUUGUUAGGUUCAGGAGGUGGUGGUGUCAAGGCAUCUCCUUAUGUCCUGGCUGUAUCCACUCAUGGUGUUCGUGUCGUACCACAUUUCAUUAAUGCAGUUAUCUUGUUAUCCGUCCUAUCCGUCGCCAACUCAGCUUUCUACUCUUCAUCUCGUAUGCUACUGACCUUAGCACAUCAAGGUUGGGCUCCAAAGAUCUUUGAAUAUGUCGAUAGAGCAGGUAGACCAACUAUCGGUAUUCUAGCCGCCAUGUUGUUUGCGGUCAUUGCCUUCUGUGCCACGUCUCCAAAGGAAGACGAAGUCUUCGUCUGGUUGUUGGCCAUUUCUGGUCUAUCUCAAGUGUUUACAUGGUUCACCAUCUGUCUAAGUCACGUGAGAUUCAGAAGAGCCAUGGCUGUGCAAGGUAGAACCACAGCGGAAUUGGGGUUCAAGUCUCAAGUCGGUGUCUGGGGUUCAUUAUACGCCGGUGGGUUCAUGUUACUGAUCUUGAUCGGUCAAUUCUGGGUGGCUAUUGCUCCUAUUGGCGAAGGGAAGCUCGAUGCUAAGGCCUUCUUUGAAAGUUACUUGGCUAUGCCGAUCCUGAUAGCAUUGUACUUCGGUUACAAGAUUUGGAAGAAAGACUGGACUCUAUUUAUUAGAGCCGACAAGAUCGAUUUGAAUAAAGGUAGAACUUUGUACGAUGAAGAAUUAUUAAGACAAGAGAGAGAAGAAUACCAAGAACGGUUAAGAAAUGGUCCUAAAUGGAGAAGAGUCUACGACUUCUGGUGUUAA